UUCCAAGUGACACUUGACCCAACCUUUGACAAAUCACAUCACAGAAGAAUAGAACGGAAAAGGAAGUUCCAAUAGUUGGUUACAUGACAUUUCAAGCAGCAGCACUGACAGGAAUUAAACACAGGAAUUAAAGGAUUGUGUCAAGAUGGCUACAAGCAAAUUCCAUCAGUUUCUGGAAGAUAUUGAUGAGAAAGUCUUAGAGUGUGCCAUAUGCUUUAAGAGACUCCAGAAUCCAAAAUCUCUCAACUGCCUGCAUAGUUUCUGUUUGACCUGUCUGGAAGACUGGGUCAAGAAGAAGGGUAAGCUGACUUGUCCAACUUGCACAAAAUCAUAUCCCCUUCCAGAGGGUGGGCUUCAGAAGCUUCCACCAAACACUUUCCUGAAUAACUUAUUAGAAACAUUUGAACAAUAUGAUAAAAGAGAUCAGAUCAUGAAAUGUGUUUGUGGAAAAGUAGAAGAAUACUACUGUCAGGAUUGCAGACACUACUUGUGCUCUUCUUGUAGUGACCAUCAUAAAUUACUGCCACUGUCUGCAAAUCAUAAGCUACAUGCAGUUGAGGAUGUGCGCUCAAUGACUCCACAGGACUUUGCUUUGUUAAAUCCUCCUUUGUGUUCACUUCACUCUAAACCUUUGGAGUUGUACUGCCAAGACUGUAAAACUACAAUAUGCAUUCAUUGCACAUUAAUAGAGCACAAGGGGUGGGAAGGGAAACACAAACCAAUCAGCAUAUCAGAAGCAUUCCAAACAUUUAAACAAACUUGGGCAACAUUGGAGAAAAAAGCCCACUGCUUUCAAAAGAAAUUACAAGAUGGCCUGGGGGAAGUUGUUGCCAAUGCCACAAAUUUAGAAAAAUGCAGAGAUAAGAGUUUGAUGGAUAUUGAUAACCAUAUUCAAGAUAUAAUCAACAAAGUCAAUGAGAAUGGAAACAAAAUGAAAAAAGAAGUAGAAACAAUUUAUGAAACGAAAAAGCGGAAAAAUGAUGUACAAUUAAAUGAAUUAAAAACACAAAUAUCUGAAGUUAAUACAAAAUUGAGUUUUGUUAAACAGUUAUUAAAGAGUGAUGAAGCAACAGCAGUGAAAUUGAGUGAAACAUUUAUAAUAGCACUGAGGGAUAGAAUCAAUGAAUUGCCAAAAACAGAGCCAAAGGAUAAUGGACAAAUUCACUUCAUUAAAAACAGUGAAAUGUCAUCACUGCAGCAGCAUCACAUUGGAAAUAUAAUACAAGCAAGGAAAGCAGACUGUCUGACACUAAAGGGAGUGACAUCUAGAGUGAUCCAAGAUCAAGAUAUUUUUGCAAGAGUAAUCAAAAUGGACAAUUGUGAUUAUGCUUAUCAACUGAAAGCAACAUGGACACAUCCUACAGGAGAAACCAAAAUCACUCAAGUUAAAAACGACAAUGAUGGAGGUUAUGUUGUGAGAGGAAAAUGCCCAAGUCCAGGUGUUUGCAGACUGAAUGUGAGUGUUGAUGGUGAACUAAUCAAGCAGUCUCCAAUGAUAAUCAAAGUAGAGAAAGAAGGAUUAGUGAAUACCAUUCAAUUAUGCACAAACAUGACAUAUAAUUACACAGGUCAAGUUAAGUGUGAAGAUGAUUGUUUGCUGGUUUCAUGUCGGACAAACAAAAUAUACAAGUACAAGCAAUCAGGGAAAUAUAUGGGUAAGGUUACAAUACCACAAGGUGUGAAAAUAUAUAGUAUGUACAAAAUGAAGAGUAAGAUAGCAGUCAGUGACGAAGGCAACGGAUGCAUCAAAAUAGUUAAGAUGAAUGGUGAGGUGAUCAAAUCAAUUGGUCAGGGAAUACUGGGGAAUCCAGCUGGAAUCCAUGUAGAUGAGGCAUCAAAUGCUGUGUAUGUAGCAGAUUGGAAAAAUGAAUGCGUGUGCGUGUUUGACAUCGAAAGCGGCACAAUGAUCAGAAAGAUCAAGUCACCAGGAAAAACAAUAGGAGUAGUUGAUGUUGCACUUAAAAAUCAAGGAAAUAUUCUUGCAUUAGAGAGAGAUUCUAAAAAGUCUUGCAACAACAGAUUGCAGCAAUUUGAUAAUGAAGGAAGGUUCAUGAAAGUGCUUCUCAAAGGUGAUGAGCAUCGUACUGUGGGUUUUGGAGAGGUAGUAGUGGAUGAGGAUGACAACAUCAUUAUAGCAAGUGAUAACAAACUACAGCUGUUUAGUAGUGAUGGAAAAUUUAUCAAAAGAAUUGAUAAACCAGAAAAUGGAAUCACUGAUCCAAGUGGAGUAUGCUUAAUUUCACAGCAUCCACGGAAAGUUGCGAUAGUAGAUAAUGGUGACAACACUAUGAAAAUAUAUAAUUACUAAAGUCCUUCUCCUUUUUUGAUAUGGAGCAAAUGUUUAACUGAAGGAAUGGUAAUGGUUUAAAUAUUUGGUGUCUUAUGUCACACUGGGAUGCAGUAGUGUAAUUGAGAUAAAAUUAUCAUGGUGAAAUUAAUAAAAAAAUAAUGACAACAUAAUACUAAUUUAAUGACAACAAUUGUAUUUUAAAAUGAAAAAAAAAAUGGUAUUGCAAUUGGUACCAUAUAUACUUGCGUAUAAUUUGAGGCUUAAAAUAGCACAUUACAAUCAAAAAACAUGUUUUACUUUUACACUUGCGACAUACUAAUUUUAGAUUUAAAAUUCAUCAUUUGUCUUUUGUGCAGACUAUCCUUAAUUCUAUAUACUACUUCAAUGAAGCUACUAAAAUGUUAGAAGGCCUAGGUAUUAACGCAAUUUUAAAUACUGAGAAAUAAGCUUUGAUGGACAUUUAAAAUCCCAUAAAAUGGUACUAUUUAAUAGAUUAGCCCUGCAUCUGGCUAAUUUUUUGAGCCAGGUAGAUGCAGUAUCAAGACCAUAUAAAGCAGCAAAAAAAUGAUUUCUGAUGGUUGAAGGGGGGGGGGUCGUCUUAUACGCCUGACAUAUAAAACUUCUCAAAGAUCUUUUGAAAUUCGGGGGUCAUCUUAUACGCGGGUUGCCUUAUACGAAUGGAAUAAAUUAAGCCCUGAUGUUCAUUCUUCUACCAAUUUAAGUAUUUUUAAAAACCAGAUUUGUAGGCAGUACUAAUAAUUAAUGAAACCAAAAUUUAAUAGUAUGAACAUUGUAUAAAUCCCUAUUUUGAUGUUUUCUUGCCUUGUUUUAUUUAUAUUUUACAUUCCUUUUUGUAAUUUACAGUUUACUUUUUUGGAAUGGAUUUUCUUCUUUUCCAUAGUUUAUUUUGCCUUUGUUAGGUAUAGAUUACA